CGGCAUUAGAUCAGCCGACCCGGCUGUUCCGACCACCCAACGGCGCCCUCGUGUGGAAGGAGGAAGACGACGACGGCCAUGACGUGGUGCUCUACUUUCUCCUCCCCGCCCCUUUACUGCCGCUGGUGUAGUAGUGGUUGGCAGUUGUCGCGUCCCGCAAUCUCGCAUUUUGUGGGGGUGACUGUAGAAUUUCCGUGCGCUUCAAUCCGGCGGCUACCCAAUACCAGUGUGAAGUUCUCUACAACCCUUGGGGAGGAGACUCCUCGUGGAAUUAAUUGGUCGCAUUAGCUUCUAGUAGUACUAGAUUGCGAGUUGUUUGUCUUGCGCAUGCCGUAAGGAGAUGUAUCCUUUUUGGCAACUAGGACGGCUUCUUGUGGCAUUAGUGUCGAAUUGCCACGCUUUACGUGUAGGGGAUGGCUUGCCUUGGCUUGUGCUGCCUAAUGGUGAUUUCACCAUCUUUGGAUUAUCUCCUGUCUUGCAACGGCAUGGUAGUGCUUUAAGCAUAAUAGGAAGUCACUCUGAACUUUAAACUCUCUUUUUUUUUCUCACUGGGUAUAUUACUAGAAGUCAAUUUAAUGGAUGAUGUAGAUCCCAAGUUGACAGUACCAAAACAGGUAACCAUGCUUUCAAUUUGAAUCGAUCAAAAAGAUUUGUCAGUUAGGUGCAAAGUCACCUUUGUGAAUUAGCAAUAAUAUACAGUGAUGAUUUCAGUUCCUGAAAGAUGUGGCUGAAGAAUGAAGGAAUACAAGUCCACACACACUCACACAAAAGGAAAAAAAACAUCUCAGUGCUUGGUCCUUUAGUUUCUUUGGAUUUUUUUAUUGGCAAACAUCAUUUAGUGUGACUCACUUUCACGUCCAACCAUCGGAUAUACUGCAUUUUCUCCCUUUUAAAAAGCACACUUUGGACACUUCAAUGGAACAUCACUAUGCAUUUUUGCUUAUAAAUAAAGUGUGAAAGGCUAUCAGCACACCUCUUAUUUUGAUUUAUGCAAGCUCAAACGAUGGAAGUAGCACUACCUGACUGCAUAUAAAAAUAUUACCUAGUCUAUCUUGUUGAACUAAUUAUUAUUAUUAUUAAGGAAAAGUAGGAACCUGAGUUGCUUUUUACUAUUGUAACUAUUGUAUAGUCGGGGUUGUUUCUAGAGAGACCUUUAUGAGCGAUUUGGAUUGCUGAUGCUUCCAUUUGUGCUUCGUUAAAGCAUAUGUGCUUCCCUAUGAGAGCUCUCCAGUCGUAUCGUACAACUAUUAUGCUUAGUGACGACACAACCAAGAGAAGGACCACCAAAAGCAAAAGUUUCAAAGAUGUUGAAAAUUUUGAAGUUCUUGUUCUCGAGAAGAACUGUGGUUGCAAGUUUAAAUCUCUGCGCUACUUGCUUAUAGCUAUUGUCUCUGCGACAUUUGUUACCCUCCUAACUCCGACGUUAUACGAGCACCAACUACAGUCCAGCUCUUUGUAUGUGGAUGUUGACUGGAUAUGGGACAAAACAAGUACCGAUCCACGAUAUGUAUCAUCUGUUAAUGUUCAGUGGAUGGAUGUAUAUAAAGCAAUAGAAGAUCUUAACGGUGGUGACCAAAAGCUCAAAGUCGGACUCUUGAAUUUUAACAGCACUGAGUAUGGCUCUUGGUCACAAUUACUCCCAGAAAGCCAUGUUUCCAUUAUAAGACUUGAGCAUGCCAAGGACAGCAUUACUUGGCCAGUACUAUAUCCUGAGUGGAUCGAUGAGGAGGAAGAAACUGAGAUACCAUCUUGUCCAUCACUUCCGGAGCCUAAUGUUCGGAAAGGUGUAUGGUUUGAUGUUAUUGCUGUGAAACUUCCCUGUACAAGGGUGGGGGGUUGGUCAAGAGAUGUUGCAAGGCUCCAUUUGCAGCUCUCAGCGGCAAAAUUGGCUGUGAUCUCUUCAAGAGGCAACAGGAAUGUCCAUGUGCUUUUUGUGACGGACUGCUUCCCGAUUCCUAAUCUCUUCCCAUGCAAGAACCUUGUGAAGCAUGAAGGCAAUGCUUGGUUGUAUAGACCUGAUUUGAAGGCACUAAAGGAAAAGCUCAAGCUCCCUGUCGGAUCCUGUGAGCUAGCUGUGCCACUUAAAGCAAAAGCAAGACUUUACUCGGUAGAUCGAAGAAGAGAAGCAUAUGCCACGAUAUUGCAUUCAGCGAGUGAGUAUGUGUGUGGUGCUAUCACGGCAGCUCAGAGCAUUAGGCAAGCAGGAUCAACUAGGGACUUGGUUAUCCUUGUUGAUGACUCCAUAAGUGAUCACCACCGGAAAGGCUUGGAAGCUGCAGGCUGGAAGGUAAGAAUAAUCCAAAGAAUCAGGAACCCAAAAGCUGAGCGUGAUGCCUACAAUGAGUGGAAUUACAGUAAGUUCAGGUUAUGGCAGCUGACUGACUACGACAAGAUAAUAUUCAUAGAUGCUGACCUCCUCAUCCUGAGGAAUGUAGACUUCCUGUUUGCAAUGCCAGAGAUCACUGCAACUGGCAACAAUGCAACCCUCUUCAACUCUGGUGUCAUGGUCAUCGAGCCUUCAAACUGCACAUUCCAGCUACUGAUGGAACACAUCAAUGAGAUAACAUCGUACAACGGUGGUGACCAAGGGUACCUGAAUGAGAUAUUCACAUGGUGGCACCGCAUUCCAAGGCACAUGAACUUCCUGAAGCACUUUUGGGAGGGCGACAGUGAGGCGGCGAAGGCAAAGAAGACCCAGCUGUUUGGUGCUGACCCACCGAAUCUCUAUGUGCUUCACUUCUUAGGCCUGAAACCAUGGCUGUGCUUCAGGGACUACGAUUGCAACUGGAACAGCCUCGUGAUGCGUGAUUUUGCAAGUGAUGUCGCGCACAACCGGUGGUGGAAGGUGCACGACAAGAUGCCUCGGAAGCUUCAGUCCUACUGCCUUCUAAGAUCAAGGCAGAAGGCUGGACUGGAAUGGGACCGGAGGCGGGCCGAGAAGGCAAACUUUGAAGAUGGACAUUGGCAGCGGAAAAUCACUGAUCCAAGGCUCAAGAUCUGCAUUGAUAAGUUCUGCUUCUGGGAGAGCAUGUUGUGGCACUGGGGCGAGACAAACCAGACGAAGAGCCUCCCCGUGCCAGUGACACCUGCGGUGAGCUUGUCGAGCUCAUGAUCUGUGUAGAUAAACCAUUAUAUUAUGACAGAAAACUUUCUGUAUAGCACCAUACAUGCAUAGCAGCAGCUUGUAUAGGUAGCUAUGCUUAGGCCCUUUCCCAUACAAACACAAACCCUCUGUUGCUGUCCUUGUUGCAGCUCUUGUCUUGCUGCGGGUUGAUGGCUAACAAUUCUUUUGGGUUGGUUUAGCUAAUAAGUUUUCAGCACAUGUAAAUUGUCCUAUAUUGAGAACUCGAAAUGUUCUUUUGCGAGAAGAAAAGACAGAGGGAACGGUACAUCUUGUGUACAA